ACGAGAAAGAGAGUUCAUUUUCUCUCUCUACAUCUUUCUUUUUCUCUCUCUCUAGAACACCUCUCCUUCCUUCCUCCGCUAAUUCAACCCUUCAAAGUAGCCAUGAAAGCGCAGCUCUUCUGAACAGGUACUCUCACUUCUUCUUCUUCUUCUUCAAAUAUUUCACAAACAAACAAACACGUCAAGAUACGUGUUUUAUACGUACCCGUCCUUUUGUUUAUCUGUUUUACGCCUUGUUUCUUUUGCAUCUGCAACUCGUUAAUCGGCUUCUCAAACAUGAAGAUACCCAUUUCCUCUCUUAACCCAAUCUUACCAGCCCUUUGGAUUUCUGUUUCUUUAUCUCCAUGGACAAGACGCAUUUGAAAGGAAUUGAUUCAAAUGGUCAUUGUGAAAUGGAAUCGACUACACAUGUAUUAUCUGAGGAAGAACAUUAUCUGUUUGGGGAUCCUAGGAUAUCUCCUCGAGUUGGUGACAAUUAUCAAGUUGAAAUUCCGUCUCUACUUUCAGAUUUUGAGUAUGAUUCUUAUGUGAAGAACCCAAUUAAGGAAGAUUUCAAGUCCAAUCUUGUUCCUUCUGAUUUUUUAGUGGGUCUUCCUGUUUCGGUUAUGUGGAUUGAUGAUGAUAAGAACAUGGGUAAGCAUAUUCAAGAGGGUGUUAAUGUGAAAGAAACAGACAGGAAAAUGGAAAAUUGUUGUCUUGUUCCUGGGGAAGCUGGUGAUUCUUUGAAUGAUGUUGAAGAAGCGGGUUUUAUUCUAGGGUUAUAUGUAUUUGGGAAGAAUCUGGUUCAGGUUAAGAGAUUAGUUGAGAAUAAAACAAUGGGUACCAUUCUUUCCUUUUAUUAUGGGAAAUUCUACAGGUCUAAUGGCUAUCGAAGAUGGUCAGAAGGUCGCAAAACAAGGACUAGAAAGUUUGUACAAGGCCAUCGGAUUUUCUCCGGUUUUAGGCAACAAGAAUUGUUAUCACGUUUAUCUGCGUUUGUUUCAGAAGAAGACCGGAAUAGACUGUCACAGGUCUCGAAAUCAUGCUCGGAAGGGAAAUCUUCGUUGGAGGAAUAUAUCACGAUCUUGAAAUCUACUGUUGGAAUGAAAAACCUCGUGGAAGCAGUUGGGAUCGGUAAAGGUAAGCAAGACUUGACUAGAACUUCACUCGAACCAUCAAAGUCCAAUAGCUAUAAUAACAAUCGCUCGGAGGCUACUGCUCCUUUUGGAAAAUCGUGUUCAUCUCUCACGCCUGCAGAAAUUGUCAAUUUUUUAACGGGGGAUAUUCGGCUAAGCAAGGCUAAAACUAAUGAUUUGUUUUGGGAAUCGGUUUGGCCUCGUUUGCUUGCAAGGGGUUGGCAAUCGGAGCAGCCUAAAGAUUACAAUUAUGCAGCCACGUUUAAGAACACGUUGGUGUUUCUCAUGCCCGGGAUAAUGAAAUUCUCUAGGAGGAGUUUGGUAAAAGGAAACGAUUACUUCGAUUGUAUAACCGAUGUCUUGAACAAAGUCGCAUCCGACCCCACCCUUAUCGAUCUCGACGAUGAAAUAGAUGAAAACAACCGAAAAAAUAAUGAUUUACCUGAUAAGGAACAUCGCUGUUACCUUCAGCCCCGGUUAAUGAGCCAGAACGUGGAAACAAUGAAGUUCAUGGUUGUAGACACGAGUAUGGCCCAUGGCAAGCCGUUCAAGGUUAGAGAAUUGAGAACCGAUGAGGAAUCUUCUGGCAUAUCGUCUGAAGACACGAACUCUGCUGACACCAAUAGUUCCAAAACCGGAAAGAAAAAGCACGAAGAGACUUCCUUAAUCCAACCAAAGAAACGCUCCAAUCAGCCAAAGGAAGGCAACUCGGAUAGAAAAAUAGGCAAAGUGAGAAAACGCAAGAAGCUAACUUCAUGUAAUAACCGAGGAAUGGAACUAGACAACAACAAAAUUCAUCUUCCUGCGAAUUCUCUAGAGAAUGGUGAAACAUCAAAGGUGUUUAUAGAUCUGAAUGUCGCUCAACCGCCUCCGCUGCUCGAUUGUGGGACCAACGAGGUAGUUAUUACGACAAUCAAAGAAAAUAGUAUAGAACAACAAUGUGGUGAAAUAAAAAAGGACACUACUGAUGUUAUUACUACUACUACCAACAUAACCGAGGAGCAAAACAACACCAAUUCCAGGAGACAUGGAACAAGAAACAGGAAUCCUACCAUGAGAUCAUUGGAAGCCCUGGCAAAUGGGUUUUUGACUGUUAACAGCAAAAAAAAGGAUAGUAAAGCAGCAGCAGCUCGUCCGAAAAAACAAAAUUCUAACAAUAUAGGAAAUGCCGACAAAAAUGUAGAACUGGAAGAUGCUGGCUCGUGUUCAAACGGUGGAGUUUCGAGAAAAUUCUUUGCCUUAAACGAAAGUAGUCCUCGAGAUUGAAAAUUUCAUCAAUUUAUCUCAAACCUAUGAUCACAAAAUAGUUACUACAUUGAUGAAGAGGAAAUAUGUUAUUCACCCUCUUCAUUUUUCCUUUGGAUUGCUUUGUUACUCUAUUCCUUAGUUUAGAUCUUUUAAUUUUUUUUUUCAUGUAGAAAAAAAAUCAUAUGAACUAAACUAAAUGUGAAUGUUUCACCAUUUUUCUUUCA